AUGUCCCGCGAAGCCUACCAACCUCCCGUCUCAGCCCCAGCACCCACUCGCGACGCCUUUGGCAGCGGGCUUGCCAGCGACGGCCCCGCCAUCAACUACCUCUGCGGCGACUGCAACAGCAAGGUGCCGCUCAAGAGGGGUGAUCCCAUUCGGUGCAAGGAGUGUGGGCAUCGUGUGCUUUAUAAGGAAAGGACUAAGAGUUUGAGGCUAGAUGACGAAAACUUGCGGCAGAUGAAAGUGAUGGGAAAGAAGAAUGAUAUUUUAGUUGGUUUUGGGGAGCAGGAGCCAUGGCAUGAGGGCGCAAUAAUGGACUGA